UUUCUCACCCGCGCGUGUCUCUUGCAGACGGCGAAAAGUGAACUGCCGAAUACCAACAAAUGAGCUGCUCCUCGGGACAGUGGCGCGGUGAGACGUAAGCUAAGCGAUUAAUACAGCAAUCAUGGCCGAGGAUUCCGAGUGGAUAGUGGAGAGCAUCGCAGGAUAUCUCGGUAGCCCGGACUGGGUUAUGCCCGUCAGCGAGUUUAUUGAACAUAACUGCUCAGUGUUUGAUGACGAGGAAGAAAAUAAACUUUCCUAUACUGAAAUCCAUCAACAGUACAAAGAAAUGGUAGAAACACUACUGGAUAAUUACAUGAAGGAAGUUGGCAUAAGCGAAGAGCAAUUUUUACAAGCAUGUUCAUCUCCGCUAGUGAGAUCAAAGACCUUGCAGAACAUGAUUCAGCCGGUAAUGGCUGCAGAUGACUUUGACAUAUUUAAGUCCCUAAUGAUUCAGAAGAACAUAGAGCUUCAGCUACAGGCACUCCGUGUAAUCCAAGAGCGAAAUGGUUCACUACCUGACUGUUUAACAGAUGGUUUAGACAUGAUGUCUGAAUUAGAGCAGCAAGAGCUAAGAAUACUGAAAGAAGUGCUAAAGAGAUCAAAAGAAGAAUAUGACCAGGAACUGGCUAAAAAAAACUGCUAUGGAGAGGAAGCUGGGUCAGCUUCAAACAGUAGCAAAGGCAGGAUGAGACCGGCUAGUGUCUGUCAGCAGGAAGUCAAUCUUAAAAAACAGCUUGAUAAAGAGACACAACCCACACAAAAGAUCAAUUCCUCUCUGAAGCCAGUUGAUAAAGGGCUAGCUGUUUGUACCUCCAAGACAAAGGAGACAGAGAAAUCGAACCCUUCCAAUGACACCGUGCCAUCAGGACGAAGUAAAUGCAGUAAUAACAAAGUUCUUGCACCAGUCCGAGUGCCAGUGAAAGGAUCUGAGCCACUUCCAGAACCUAAGGAGAAGAGCAGUCUUGAAGCUGCUGAAGCCUGGUUAGAGGAGGCCAGAAAGGAGGCUGGCAUAAGUAGACCUCUUACUGAUCUGACAGCAUCUCAGAUGGAACAGCUGCAGCAGAGGGCCGAGUAUCUAAAACAGCAACGUGACAGGCUGUUAGCUAUGAAAAAAGACCAGAAACCCAAAGAGACAACAGAAAGUCUACCAUUGACUGAGACUAAGCAGAACAUCAAUUCUUCACUUAAGCUCUACGUAUGCAAUUCAGAAAAAAAGAAGGAAUUACUAUACAAAUCUGGUACAACAUGUGAACCGGAAAUGUCAGAAGAAGAAAGGAAGAAAAUUGAGAAACGGAAACACUUGGCUGAAAAACUGAAACAGGAAGUAAUCAAAAAAUAACAUCACGGAACAUUUUUCUUACAUCCUAAGAAAUAUUCCUUAUCGCUGAUGUCCAUGAUGGCAACCAGCAAACAUAAGAUUAUCUGGAGUUGAACUGCAGAGUCUGCACCAGAGGAGCAGCCCUAAGCACUGCAUCCAUGUUGUAUUUUAACUGCUUUUAUGCGACUGAUAAAUUUACUGCGCUGCGGAUUCCUUUACCAGCUUCAGAUUUUGACACUUCUUGUUUUAGCAGUGUGCUUAUUGCUGAAGACGAGGGCCUCAUGGCCUUGUUAGCAUACGGUACCCUUCAAAGGUAAGAAUUUCUUUGGUCCUCCACAUUAAAAAAGCAGUGACAAUGAAAUCUUAUUAAAUAAAUGGAAAACAAAAACACGGCAGCAUUUAUUCCAGCCAUUCGUAUUUACUGGUUUAUUGAGUCUUCAUGGAUGAAGAAAUACAGUGUUUUUUUUUUUCCUUUUUUGAUUUUCUUGAGUUUAAUCACUUUUUUUAAAUUAAUACACUUCCCUUAAGAUACACAGUAUAUACUCUAAACUCAUUAUUUAAAAAAUUGCCACGGUGUUGGGACUAUUUUGACAAAAGCAAAUGGCAGCCAGGUGGUGGUGUGGAUCUGAAAUACAGUUGAAGUGCACACAAGCAAUAGACACCCGUGCUCAUGUUGAGCAGGACUCGCACACUGCAGAAAGCUACAUGGAGAAGUGUGAUUGGUAAUGGCCUCAUUGAAAAGGGAUGUUUGAGAAGAAGUACAACGUUGUAACUUAGUGCAACAGUGGGGGGCAUUCACAAAGGCCAUCCACUUAUUACUCCUGUAAUUUCAUUCUAUUUUUAAAUAAAUAAAUAUUCAAAUCAGUG